AUAUAAACAAAGCGAAACGACACAGCCUGUCUGUCAUUUGCCAUGGGGGCAAUAAUCGUGUCAAUGAAAAUAAAUCCUUUCCACUAAUCCAUGACUGUCCUUUUAAUCUCUCAGGUUUCAGAACGACGUUCAGACCUGUAUGAGGCACUGAGAUAGCAACACGAUGCAUCGCUGGCUUGGAAGAACGAAAUAAACAUAAUUUUUUUUUUUCAAAAGAUCUUGUAGUUUAGGUUGAUAGUAGCCCUAUAUUUUGGUAUAUUAUAGUUUGGGAGAGACAAUGUUUCGAGGUUUUAGUCUGGGUUUCUGUUUGGCAUUAUUUUGCUUCGGACCGUUUGUUUGCAGCGCUUGUCCGUCUCAAUGUAACUGUUUCUUUCACAAAUUAUCAGAUGGAUCCAAAGCAAGGAGCGUACUUUGCAAUGACCCACAGAUUACUCUGGUCCCACCCAACUUCCCUGCAGACACCUCCAAACUGCGGAUCGAGAAGACUGCCAUCACAAAAAUCUCCGGCGAAACUUUUCACUACCUCACCCGUUUGGAAUUUCUCCGAGUGUCUUUCAAUUCUCUGAACUCUUUGAAUGUAGACAGCUUCCGUGGCCUGAGAAGUCUGGAUGAGCUGAGACUGGAAGGGAACGCUCUCACCUCUUUCCCCUGGGAAUCUCUGACUGAUAUGCCCGACCUGAGGCUACUGGACCUGCAUAAUAAUAAGAUAUCGUCGAUCCCGGCCGAGGCGACCAUUUAUAUCAAGAACCUGACCUACCUGGACUUAUCUAGCAACAGCCUAGCCACGGUUCCUCCUGAGGUUCUCUCUAUGUGGUUAUCUGUGAAGCCGUCUCAAGAAGAUGGGGACAGUUCCAAAUAUAUUCUAGGUCUCCAUGACAACCCAUGGCUCUGUGACUGCCGCCUCUAUGACCUGGUCCAGUUCCAGAAGUCUCCGUCGUCCUCUGUGGUUCUGAUCGACACCAAGCUGCGCUGUGCUGAUCCGGAGAGCCUGUCGGGGGUGCAGUUCAGCGAGACGGAGCUCCAGAGGUGCCAGGGGCCCCGUGUCCACACGGCUGUGGCUCGGGUCAGGAGCUCCCUGGGGAACAACGUCCUGCUACGCUGUGGGACCAUCGGAGUCCCAGUACCAGAGCUGUCCUGGACUCGGGCAGACGGCAAACAGAUGAACGGCACUGUUCAGGAAGAAGUUUCAAAGGAGGGAAUAAUUUGGUCCAUCCUGAGUGUGCCUGCCGUCUCUUACCGGGACUCUGGGAAAUACAUGUGCAAAGCCACCAACUUCGUGGGGACUGCAGAUGCCAUCAUCUCCCUGGUUAUUACAGACUCCUUUAAAAAUGAGGAACAAGGUGGCAGCUCCAAGACUAGAAACCAAAGAGGACGGAAAACCGGUGGAUUUGGGAAAGCUGCCUACCAGGAGAAACUUGUUGCCAGAUACGUACCUCCACUAACCACCACGGCAGCCACGCCCAUCAUCGAGCCACUAGGACCGAGUGGUUUCACAGGGAAGUAUGAUAUCGAGAGCUACAGUAUUUUGGACAGUGUGGCCGAUGGACAGGCGCCCGGUCCUCCUGCCAUGGAGCCGGCGAUUAACGAAGUGGAGAAGGAGGUUCUUAGCAACCUGGCAGCCAACGCCUCUUCUUUGCAGGCACCGGCGCCGCCGGAGAAACGGGUGGUACGAUCGGUGAAGGUGAUCGGGGACACCGAUCACACCGUCUCCCUGAACUGGCGGUCCCCGACGGCCAAGAACACCACCGAGUUCAGCGUCCUGUAUGCCGUGUUCGGCGAGAGGGACAUGCGGAGGAUUAACGUAGGCGUGGGAAAGAACCGUAUCACCAUCGACGGCCUUGUGCCAAGGACAAAGUACAUCGCCUGCGUCUGCGUCAAAGGCCUGAUCCCUAAGAAAGAGCAGUGUGUAAUCUUUUCAACGGACGAGGCGGCCAGCGCAAGCGGCACCCAGAAACUCAUUAACGUGGUGGUGAUCACCGUGGCCUGCGUGAUCGCUGUCCCCCUGACACUGAUCGUCUGCUGCGGGGCACUCAAGAAGCGCUGUAAAAAGCUACUGGGGAGGAAAUCCAAAGAUAUUCAAGACUCAUACGUAACAUUUGAGACCCUCUCCCCGGGACAGAAGCCUAAGGGGAUGGAGGGGGAGUACCUUGCCAGGCAACAGCCAGGCGAGUCCAACAGACUGCUCUCUGCUAGGUCCAGUGUGGACUCUGAGGCUACUUGUAGGAAUGAGGGACCCCCUAAUGAGUACUUUUGUUGAUACCAAAUGAAGGCCUCAACUUGUACAGGGCAGAGAAGUCUGUCCUUUCCAAGCAGAACUUAAGUUGGUUGGUUGGUCUCUUCUGGCAAGUGAUGUACUGUAGAUGAGUGAAACUACUCAGAGACUGGGCAGAAAUCAACGGACAGUUGCAUGGACAAGUGUGGUAGAUAUGUGAGUCUAGAUAAAUAGGAUAAAUAAAUGCUGACAUAACUGUGAUUAUACAGCCUUGCAGAAAUACAGGCCAACCUUGACCUGGUGAACUGUAAAAAAACAGAAACUCAUUUUUAAUUUAAAAUGUGGGAAUAAAGCAUUUUAUAUUUGUCAUGCACUUUUAAGGGGGUACAUAGUGUAAGCAGUUGCCUUUCUCUGAAAUGGCACUAGGGUUACACAGUUAUGGUAACUUUUGCAAAAUUCCCAGGUUUUCCAGAUAUUCUUGGUGGAAUAAGGAACCCAAAAUGGCACGUUCUACCAGAAUACGUGAAACCCAUCUUUUUAACGUAGAUUUGUAAGGAGGAAGAGUAAUGACAGUUAUUCUGAAAUGAAUCUAACCUCACAAUUCUGGUAGUUUUUAUUUGACAAAAUAAUGUACAUGUGUAACGGUCGUCUUUCGGACAGUUAGUAGACCAAGGCGCAGCGGGUGAUGAAUACAUAAUACUUUAUUGUAAGACGAAGACAGACACGAAAUACACUUGACUAAAUAUACAAAAUAACAAAACGAACUAGACAGACCUAAACUACGAACUUACAUGAAACGAAGAACACAUGAACAGGAACGACCGAAAGAACGAGACGAGACAGUACCGUGUGGUGCAACAAACACAGACACAGAGACAAUCACCCACAAAACAAACAGUGAGAACAACCUACCUUAAUAUGACUCUCAAUUAGAGGAAAACGCAAAACACCUGCCUCUAAUUAAGAGCCAUACCAGGCAACCCAUAACCAACAUAGAAACAGAAAACAUAGACUGCCCACCCAAAACUCACGCCCUGACCAUCACACACAUACAAAACAACAGAAAACAGGUCAGGAACGUGACAACAUGUAGAGUAUUGGUGAAGCAACUCAUAUCUGUAGUGAUAUUUUGUACCUCUGUGUAUUUACCAUAAAAGUUAAUGUGCCAGGUUUUACUGCCCAAUCAAACCUAACAUACUAUAUAUUUUGUAAUAUGUAUCUAUGAUCUGAUCUGAUAUACAGUACCAGUCAAAAGUUUGGACACACCUACUCAUUGAAGGGUUUUUCUUUAUUUUAAAACUAUUUUCUACAUUGUAGAAUAAUGGUAAUGACAUCAAAACUAUGAAAUAACACAUAUGGAAUCAUGUAGUAACAAAAAAGUGUUAAACAAAUCAAAAUAGGAUUCUUCAAAGUAGCCACUCUUUGCCUUGAUGACAGCUUUGCACACUAUUGGUAUUCUCUCAACCAGCUUCACCUGGAAUGCUUUUCCAACAGUCUUGAAGGAGUUUCCACAUAUGCUGAGCACUUGUUGGCUGCUUUUUCUUCACUCUGUGGUCCAACUCAGCCCCAACCAUCUCACUUCGGCUAAGGUCGGGUGAUUGUGGAGGCCAGGUCAUCUGAUACAGCACUCCAUCACUCUCCUUCUUGGUCAAAUAGCCCUUACACAGUCUGGAGGUGUGUUGAGUCAUUGUCCUGUUGAAAAACAAAUGAUUGUCCCACUAAGCGCAAACCAGAUGGGAUGGCGUAUCGCUGUUAAAUGCUGUGGUAGCCAUGCUGGUAAAGUGUGCCUUGAAAUCUGAAUAAAUCACUGACAGUGUCACCAGCAAAGCACCCCCACACAUCACACCUCCUCCUCCAUGCUUCACGGUGGGAACCACACAUGAGAAGAUCAUCCGUUCACCUACUCUGCGUCUCACAAAGACACGGCCGUUGGAACCAAGAUUCUCCAAUUUGUACUCAUCAGACCAAAGGACAGAUUUCCAACGGUCUAAUGUUCAUUGCUCGUGUUUCUUGGCCCAAGCAAGUCUCUUCUUCUUAUUGGUGCCCUUUAGUAGUGUUUUCUAUGCAGCAAUUUGACCAUGAAGGCCUGAUUCACGCAGACUCCUCUGAACACUUGAUGUUGAGAUGUGUCUGUCACUUGAACUCAGUGAAGCAUUUCUUUGGGCUGCAAUCUGAGAUGCAGUUAACUCUAAUGAACGUAUCCUCUGCAGCAGAGGUAACUCUGGUUCUUCCUUUCCUGUGGCGGUCCUCAUGAGUGCCAGUUUCAUCAUGGUGCUUGAUGGAUUUUGCAACUGCACUUGAAGAAACAUUCAAAGUUCUUGAAAUGUUACGGAUUGACUGACCUUCAUGUCUUAAAGUCAUGAUGGACUGUCGUUUCUCUUUGCUUAUUUGAGCUGUUCUUGCAAUAAUAUGGACUUGGUCUUUUACCAAAGAGGGCUAUCUUCUGUAUACCAACCCUACCUUGUCACAACACAACUGAUUGGCUCAAAUGCUGGAAUAAAUUUUAACAAGGCACACGUGUUAAUUGAAAUGCAUUCCAGGUGACUACCUCUUGAAGCUGGUUGAGAGAAUGCCAAGAGUGUGCAAAGCUGUCAUCAAGGCAAAGGGUGGCUAAUUUGAAGAAUCUAAAAUAUAUUUUUGAUUUGUUUAAGACUUUUUUGGUUACUACAUGAUUCCAUAUGUG